AAGAGAAAUGGUUCUUGGGGAGAGUUGAGGGACUGUUAGAGGAAGGAGAAUGGAUGCUGUGAUGUGGGGUGGGUCCUUGCAGACCUUCCUGGAAGUGAUUACUAGGGUCCGGUGGGCAGAGUGCCUGUAAGGGGCAGGGCCUGCCCAGCCAGGAGCCCUGGGGCCCUGUAGACGCCAGCUCAGCCUGCCUCAACUGCCCCUUGCCAUUGCAGGCAGGCAUGCCCCGCACACUGAGUGCCUCCGAUAUGGUGACCCCAGGCAGCUUUGGACCACCCCCCACCGAGUCCACAGAUGGCGAGCAGACCGGGCAGCCCCUCCUGAAAGGAGCUCCAUCCUCAGCCUCCCUGGACACCCUGAUCCAGCACCUUGUGCCUACACCCGACUACUACCCCGAGAAAGCCUACAUAUUCACCUUCCUGCUGAGCUCUCGCCUCUUCAUCGAGCCCCGGGAGCUCUUGGCCCGGGUGUGCCACCUGUGCAUCGAGCAGCAGCAGCUGGACAAGCCGGUGCUGGACAAGGCCCGAGUUCGGAAGUUUGGCCCCAAGCUGCUCCAGUUGUUGGCCGAGUGGACAGAGACCUUCCCGCGAGACUUCCAGGAGGAGGCAGCCAUCGGGCACAUGAAGGACGUGGUGGGCCGCAUUGCUCCCUGUGAUGAGCAAGCCUACCGAAAGAGGAUGCACCAGCUCCUGCAGGCCCUGCACAAGAAGCUGGCGGCUCUGGGCCAGGGGCCGGAAGGCCUAGUGGGUGCCGACAAGCCCAUCUCCUACAGGACCAAGCCACCAGCCUCUAUCCACCGGGAGCUCCUUGGCGUCUGCAAUGAUCCCUACACACUGGCCCAGCAGCUGACCCACGUGGAGCUGGAACGGCUGCGACACAUCGGGCCUGAGGAGUUUGUCCAGGCUUUUGUGAACAAGGACCCUCUGUCCAGCACACAGCCCUGCUUCAGUGACAAGACUAAUAACCUAGAGGCUUACGUGAAAUGGUUCAAUCGGUUGUGCUACCUCGUGGCAACUGAGAUCUGCAUGCCAGCCAAGAAGAAGCAGAGGGCCCAGGUGAUUGAGUUCUUCAUCGACGUAGCCCGUGAGUGCUUCAACAUUGGCAACUUCAACUCCCUGAUGGCCAUUAUCUCUGGCAUGAACAUGAGCCCUGUGUCCAGGCUGAAGAAGACCUGGGCCAAAGUGAAAACGGCCAAGUUUUUCAUCCUUGAGCACCAGAUGGACCCAACAGGGAAUUUCUGCAACUACAGGACAGCCCUGCGUGGGGCCGCCCACCGUUCCCUGACCGCCCACAGCAGCCGGGAGAAGAUCGUCAUUCCCUUCUUCAGCCUGCUCAUCAAAGACAUCUACUUCCUGAACGAAGGCUGUGCCAACCGCCUCCCCAAUGGAAAUGUCAACUUUGAGAAAUUUCUGGAGCUGGCCAAGCAGGUUGGAGAGUUCAUCACAUGGAAACAAGUGGAGUGUCCCUUCGAGCAAGACCCCAGCAUCACCCACUACCUGCACACGGCCCCCAUCUUCAGUGAGGACGGUCUUUAUCUGGCUUCUUAUGAAAGUGAAAGCCCAGAGAACCAAACAGAAAAAGAGAGGUGGAAAUCUCUAAGGUCCUCUAUUUUGGGGAAGACAUGA